AUGCAUUUUGCUUCGCUACUCACUCAUUUGUCAUUGCUAGCGUGCACGUAUGCCCACAUUGUGGACACACGGCAUGCUGGCAAGGCCCAUCGGGACAAUCAUUUCAAUCAUCGGGCAGUUCAUGCGCCGUAUGACGGAGCCUCAGGCUCAUCUAGCCUCAGUGUCCCGACGCCUGCUUCUUCAAGCAUCUCGGUAGGAGCAACUGUUCACGCAACGGCAGCAACGGAUGCUUCGUACUGGCUAGAAGACAUUAAGCACCAGGGGCUGGCAGCUUUCAACUCCGACCCGUCAAGCUACACGGUUUUCCGUAAUGUGAUGGACUAUGGUGCUAAAGGCGACGGUGUAACCGAUGACACUGCAGCUAUUAACCUUGCUAUCAGCGAUGGCGGUCGCUUUAGCCCCGCAAGCGGAGAGACUACAACUACUACACCUGCGAUCGUAUACUUCCCAGCCGGAACCUACUUGAUCUCGACUUCUAUCAUUGAUUAUUACUUUACACAACUCAUUGGAAACCCCAACUCGAUUCCAGUUCUCAAGGCCACUUCGGGUUUCACCGGGUUGGGCAUGAUUGAUGGAGACCAAUACCAGAGCAGUGGUAAUCAAGGCUGGACUUCCACCAAUGUCUUCUUCAGGCAAAUUCGCAACCUGAAGCUAGACUUGACAUCCAUCCCAGGAACAACCGCUGCUACUGGUAUUCAUUGGCCGGUUGGACAGGCUACUAGUAUUCAGAAUGUUGAGAUUGUGAUGAGCGCCGCGUCAGGAACUCAACACCAAGGUAUUUUCAUUGAAAAUGGAUCCGGUGGCUUUAUGACUGAUGUUACUACUGAUGGUGGGUUGAUUGGUGCAAAUGUCGGAAACCAACAGUUUACCAUGCGCAAUCUGGAUAUCUCAAACGCAGUCACUGGUGUCUCCCAGAUUUGGGACUGGGGCUGGACCUACCAGGGCCUGAACAUCAAAAACUGCACAACUGCGCUCUCCAUUGAGAACGGCGGUGCGGGUGCCCAGCUUGUUGGCUCAGUCAAUGUCAUCGACAGCAGUAUUUCGGAUUGCUCUACCUUCGUUACCACAGCAUGGGAGACCUCAACAUCAAGCAAUGGUAGUCUCAUUCUGGAGAACAUCGCUCUUGAUGAUGUUCCAGUCGCUGUUAAGGGGCCAAGCAGUACCAUCCUUGCCGGAUCAUCUGGCUCAACCACUAUCAGCGCUUGGGGCCAAGGCCACAAGUACACCCCCGAUGGCCCUACCAACUUCCAGGGAGCAUUUACUGCACCAACACGUCCGUCUGCUUUGCUUGCCAGUGGGUCCCAGAGCUACUAUACCAAGUCCAAGCCUCAAUACGCUGCAUCGCCCACUGCUUCGUUCACCAGCAUCAGGACCGCAGGCGCUAAAGGUGAUGGCACCACCGAUGAUACCUCUGCCAUCCAGUCUGCGUUGACAUCUGCUGCAUCCUCUGGAUCGAUUGUUUUCUUCGAUCAAGGAACAUACAAAGUCACCAAUACUCUGUAUUUCCCCCCUGGCUUGCGCGUCGUUGGAGAGGCAUACUCAGUUAUCAUGGCUAGUGGUAGCACCUUUUCUGAUAUUUCGAACCCAGUACCUGUGGUCCAAGUCGGCAAGUCUGGUGACACUGGCUCAAUAGAAUGGUCUGAUAUGAUCGUGAGCACUCAGGGCUCUACUCCAGGAGCUGUCUUGAUUGAGUGGAACCUCGAAGCUGCCUCGGGCUCUGGAAUGUGGGACGUCCAUACCCGUAUUGGUGGAUUCGAUGGCUCAAACCAACAGGUCGCUCAGUGUCCUACUUCUGCAUCAGACUCUGCUACCUGCGAAGUUGCGUAUAUGUCAAUGCACAUUACCAGCUCUGCAAGCGGCGUAUACCUGGAGAAUAACUGGUUCUGGACAGCGGACCAUGAUAUUGAUGACGCUAGUAACACUCAAAUUUCGGUUUAUUCUGGACGGGGUCUUCUAGUCGAAGGGAAAAAUAUCUGGCUUUACGGUACUGGGGUCGAGCAUCACUCCCUCUAUCAAUUCCAAUUCUCUGGCGCUAGCUCAGUUGUGGCUGGGUUCAUCCAGACUGAAACACCAUACUAUCAGCCAAGUCCAGAUGCGGCUAACAGCCCCUAUCCCACAAACUCUACCCUAAAUGACCCCGACUACAGCACCUGUCUUUCCGGCAACUGUGACUCUCUAGGCCUUCGUGUUCUCAACAGUGAAGACAUCAUAAUCUACGGCGCCGGUCUAUACAGCUUCUUCAAUCAUUAUAGUACUGACUGCUCUACCUUCCCUACACCUGAAGACUGCCAAAGCGAGAUCUUCAGUGUCGAAGGUACUACUAGUGGGUUGACAGUGUACACACUCAGCACAGUGGGGACCACCAACAUGAUUGUCAAAGCAGGCAGCUCUCUAGCCGUGGUGAGCGACAACCUGGCAACUUAUGCUGCUACGAUUGCAUACUUCACUGUCUAG